AUGACGACGGUGUCGCGUCAUCGUUUCGGGGACGACUCGGACGAGCCGGCCUUCUCCAUCUCCAUCAUCGAGAACGUGAAGGAAGAGUACGGGUGCUUAGCUGAGCUCCAUGAGAACGUGCUGAACAACAUGAGAAGAAUGCUUGACCUUAAUAAACUCAAGUGCAAUGUAAUGGGAUUGACAUGGGGAGCUUGGGAUGCAUCCACAUUCAGUUUACACCCGAAAUUUAUUCUUGGCGCUGAUAUAACGCUUGGGCAUCGUCUUAUUGAAUUCUUGACGGUCAAAUGGGGAUUGAAGUGCGCGAAGCUUCUUGAUGUCUUUUCGUUUAUGCCAUCCUCCAAGCUUGCAUUGUAA